AUGGUGUUAAAACUGAAUCACCAUAUGGGUAUGCUGUUUGGACGCGGCGUCUACAAAGCUGACAGUCAAGGCGUUAUAGAUCUAGCGAAAACUGCACCUUUGAGAGGAACAUACGCAGGUGUGCGACCUAUGGGACUAUUCGAGGGUCUUAUGCCCAGUGAUGAGUACCGUUUCGGAAACUAUUGCAAGUGCACGCCACCGGAUCCGUUUCACUUUGACCUGCAGUUACGCGAUGAUGCCUGCAAGCUUCUACAGUCAAUGCCUCUAAUAAAGCGCUGGCUACAUCCAGCUGUGGUUCGAAAGGAAAUCGAAGAAGACGGCAUUUGUGGCACUCUUUUCCUACCGCCAGGUGACGGCCCAUUUCCCACAAUUCUCGACAUGUCUGGUACUGGUGGUGGAAUCAACGAGCACAAAGGAGCAACACUUGCUUCAGAAGGAUUUUGUGUUUUCUCGUUAGCUUUCUUCCAGUACAAAAGUUUGAUUGACGAUUUAAACGAGCUCGACAUGGACUAUUUCAAGAAGGCGAUCGACUGGUUUAUUUCUCAGCCAUUUACGCGGAAUGAGAUUGGAAUACAAGGUGUUUCAUUUGGAGGGCUUCUAGUCAAUAUGCUUGCUGUGAGGUAUCCCGAGAUUAUAGCAGUGUGCUCAAUAAAUGGAGGUCAUUGCCUCACAGAAAUGGCCAAAAUCAAAGAACACGGAAAAUUUCUGCCUUUUGUGAGUACUCCUAUAAACAUGCUUUAUUAUCUUAACGGUUGCAUGUGUUAUGACAAAGCUGUACAGUACAUCGAUGUCACCCCAGAGGCCAAUAUACGAAUAGAAACGGCGCCAAAAAGGACGGCAUUCCGAUUUGUUGGUUCGUUAGACGACUUAUCAACACCGACGGUGUUCUGCAGUCGCCAGAACCAAAAACUUCUCAAAGACUCCGGACACUAUGUUGAAGUCGACUUUGCACCGGGUGGACACUUAAUGGAGCCACCGUACUUCCCCAGCCUUCCAGUCGUCUAUUCAAAAUUUGCUGGAUGUAUGCAAGCAUAUGGCGGUGAACCUUCUCAACAUGGAGCCAGCCAACCUCGUGUCUGGGCUAACACCGUGGCAUUCUUCAAACGUUUUCUUGGUGACCCAAACCCUCUCCCGGACUAUCGGCACGAAUUACGAUCACAUCUGUAA